AUGGCCUCGCCGCGCGCCUCGCGGGUGCCGCCGCCGCUCCUGCUGCUGCUGCUGCCGCUGCUGCUGCCGCCGCCGGCGGCCCCGGACGCAGGGCCAGCCGCCCUCCCGAGCCCCCGCGCGCCUCGCCCGGCGCCCUCGCCGCGCGGGCCGGCGCCGCUGCCUGAGCGCGGCCCGGAGCGCGAGCCCAGCGCCGCCGCACCGGAGCGCCGCGGGCCCGCGACCCCCGGCCCCAGCCAGACGGCCCCCGGGCCGGGCGCCGCGACACGGUGGGGACCCUCGGGCCCCGCAGCUCAAGGCGGGAGCGCGGCCACCAUAAGGAACCAUUGGCCAGAAAACAACACUGAACCCCGCACAGAAAACAUCACCUCCUAUCAGAAUCAAAAGGACUCUUCGACAGUGGCCUCUAAAGAGGGUGUGAUGGUUCAGACCUCUAGAAAGAACCAUGCUUCUUCGGAUGCCCCAGAAAACCUCACUCUACGAACUGAAACAGCAGAUGCUGGAGGAAGAAAUGACUCUUCAAGUAGAAUAAACUUCACCAUUUCACCUGUUGGGCGCUUGCUUGAGAGGGCAACGGCCCUGACUUCCCAGAGCAACACCUUGGGCUUGGAAAGGCAUCACCUGCUGGCCGGUAGCUCAGGGUCCAAAGGAAGAACUGCUCCUUUUCACACGAAGAGUGGACCAUCCCAGGGCUCACUGGAGAGGGGGACAGGGCUCUCAGAAGAAGUCACUGUGCACACCCAAGUGGCUACAACCUCAGUUUUGAGCCCGUCCCCUCUCUCUGCCUUGGAGCCCAGAGAACCAGCCACGCUGUCCAGGAGAAAUUCCUUGGGACCAGAUCUCUCCCUGCUGCAUUUCUCCAGGACCCCAGCUUCCUCCCCUCCCUUGGACCAUUCCUCCUCUUCUGGAAGUAUGGAGGAACUUAACAACUCCACUGGUCUCCAGAGCUCCUCGGUCAGUCAGACAAAGAGUACACAUGUUGCCGCCACAUUCACUGAUAGUGUCCCAAGGAUGCUCCGGUCUUUAACUCUCAGUCUGGGACCUACAAAUGAGACAAAGGGCUUUCCUGAGGACUCUAAGACUGCCACAACUUCAGCCUCAAUGCACUCUUCACUCUCUGCAGUGGAAUCGAGAAGGAACAGUCAAGUAACUGGGAAUUCAAGUGCUGAGGAAUCCAUUGAGCCCUCCCCAGAAAAUAAACUGGGACUUCCAUCUUCACAUUGGCAAAAUGAUUCCCCAACCUUGGGAGGACAUCAACCGGCCAGCAGCUCUGAGGCAGAAAAUGGAAGUGCUGUGUCUCAGACUGAGUCCAUGUCCGGGUCAGUCCCAUCCACCAAAAGUGGAGAGAGCACUGCACGCUGGUUCCUCACCAACAGCAGGACAUUUGCAGAUGCCACGGGAAGCUCUGCUUCGUAUCCCGAAGUUGUGAACACUUCCGUUUUGAGCCAGGUCUCGGACUCUGCUCCCCAGUCCAGAGGAAGUAGCACAGUGUUGGGUCAUAGCAGUUACUCAGAGUCAUUGUCCACGUCUUCUUCAGAAAGCCUGGAUUCUUCGGCACCACGUGGAGAACGUUCGACCCCAGAAGACAGCCGCGACGAUGACGACGACGUGGAGGACGGGACGCCCGGGGCUCCCCCUCGCAGCGCGUACACCUCGGCCACUCUGGCUGGAGUCGCGGAGCGCACGCUGCGGUCUCUCGCCGCCACCAACGCCAGCACCCGUGCCUCUUCGCCGGAGGUGGGGAGCUCUGCCGGACCGGACAGCGCCACUCCGCGCCAGAACGCCACAGAUGGCGCGGGCCUGGUCUCGCAGUCGCUGGCCGCCUCGCGCGCCCUCGGAGUCACUGGAAUUAGCUACAAUCAAGUGAGUGGCACGGACACUGAACAAAGGACUUCCAGUGGCCACACAGACCACACUUACAUUUCAUCUACUUUCACCAAAGGAGAACGGACAUUACUAUCCAUUACAGAUAACACUUCAUCCUCGGACAUCAGGGAGAGCUCGACCUCUUACGUAACGUCUUCACAUUCAGACUAUUCUUCCUCUUCUCAUGCUCAGACUGAAAGAAGUAACAUCUCAUCCUAUGAUGGGGGGUACACUCAGCCUUCCACUGAGUCACUGGUCAUGCGUACAUCCAACCUUCCAUCCUACACAUCCACCAUUAAUAUGCCAAACACUUUGGUUGUUCUAGACACUGAUGCUCCGUCGGUUGGUGACUCUUCUUCUUCUUCAGGGUCUCCUUUGCCUCUGCCCUCAGUGUCACAGUCCCACCAGUUGUUCUCAUCAGCCUUACCAUCAACCAGGGCCUCUGUGUACCUGCUGAAGUCUACUUCUGACGCAUCUCCACCUUGGUCUUCCUCACCCUCACCUUUGCUAACAUCCUUGGCAGUGUCUACCCCUGCCCCACUUUCUGUCUCACAAACAACCUUGACGCAUUCAUCUUCUUCCUCAGUCCUGCCCAGGGCAAGGGGGACUCCUUUGACUUCAGUUCAGAUGUCGACAGCGGCAGCCUCUGUGGCAACACUCCACAGUAGCCAGACAGCAGGCGCUAAGAACCAGAGCGCCUCACACCAAGAGAAAACUGUUACGGAGUCAAAGUCACUGAGCGUGGUGUCUCUGACCACCGAGCCCACCAAAGCUGUGACAGUGAGGUCUCCUUCGGAGGUCCCUUUACCUCCAGCCUUAACAGAGUCCUCCACAGAGCAAACCCUUCCAGCCACGAGCCCAACCUUAGCCCCCGUGUCUCCAGCUUUGACAGCCACUGCUCUCGAGAUCUCUCAACCUCCCGUGACCACUCCUGGCACCCCAUCAAGCACAGCAUCUCUGAUCACUGGCCCUGUAGCUGUGCAGACUACAGCUGGAGAGCAGUUCUUGCCGACCUAUCCUGAAAUCCUAGGGCCACAAAUCUCCACAGACAGCGCUGUCAGCACAAAGAGGAACCAAGUGCAUGUAGACACUACCACCGGAUCGAUCCCUCUGGCCAGUGUACUCACGUCAGCAGAAGAACCGACCACAAGGCUUGGCGUUAUAGAAGAGCAUAGCCCGGCUUCACAUUUCCUCAGAACGUCUCCUUCUCCCCAAACCACAGAUGUUUCCACGGCUGAAGUGUUGCCUCCUAAAUCUGCCACCUUUGCUGUUCAGAGCAGCACCUGGUCCCCCACAGCAUUGUCGUCUUUGGCCUCAGUCAGCAGCUGUGCCACCAACCCUUGUCUUCAUAACGGCCAAUGCAUCGUGGACCCUGCCAGUCGUGGCUACCGAUGUGUGUGCUCGCCUUCCUGGCAAGGGGACGACUGCAGUGUGGAUGUGAACGAAUGCCUCUCGAACCCCUGCCCGCCCCUGGCCAUGUGCAACAAUACUCAGGGAUCCUUUAUCUGCAGAUGCCCAGUUGGGUACCAGUUGGAAAAAGGAAUAUGCAAUUUGGUUAGAACCUUCGUGACAGAGUUUAAAUUAAAGAGAGCUUUUCUUAAUACUACCGUGGAAAAACAUUCAGAUCUACAUGAAGUUGAAAAAGAAAUCACCAAAACGUUAAAUGUGUGUUUUUCCACGUUACCUGGUUAUAUCCGAUCCACAGUUCAUGCUUCUAGGGAGUCCAACGUGGUGGCGAUCUCACUGCAAACAACCUUUUCCAUGGCCUCCAAUGUGACACUGUUUGACCUGGCUGAUGGGAUACAGAAAUGUGUCAACUCCUGCAGGUCCUCCGCUGAGAUCUGCCAGCUCCUGGGAUCUCAGAGACGGAUCUUCAGAGCGGGCAGCUUGUGCAAGCGGAAGAGCCCUGAGUGUGACAGAGAGACCUCCAUCUGCACCGACCUGGACGGCGUGGCCCUGUGCCAGUGCAAGUCGGGCUACUUCCAGUUCAACAAGAUGGACCACUCCUGCCGAGCGUGUGAAGAUGGAUAUAGGCUUGAAAAUGAAACCUGUAUGAGUUGCCCAUUCGGCCUUGGUGGUCUCAACUGUGGAAACCCCUAUCAGCUUAUCACCGUGGUGAUUGCAGCAGCAGGAGGAGGGCUUCUGCUUAUCCUGGGCAUUGCACUGAUAGUCACCUGCUGCAGAAAGAAUAAAAAUGAUAUAAGCAAACUCAUCUUCAAAAGUGGAGAUUUCCAAAUGUCCCCCUACGCUGAGUACCCCAAGAACCCACGCUCUCAAGACUGGGGCCGAGAAGCUAUUGAGAUGCACGAGAACGGAAGCACCAAAAACCUGCUCCAGAUGACGGAUGUGUAUUACUCGCCGACAAGUGUGAGGAAUCCUGAACUUGAACGAAAUGGACUCUACCCAGCCUACACUGGAUUGCCAGGAUCCCGGCAUUCAUGCAUCUUCCCCGGACAGUAUAACCCGUCUUUCAUCAGCGACGAGAGCAGAAGAAGAGACUACUUUUAAGUUCAGGAGAGAAAGGGGCCCAUUGCUCUGAGCAGUGACCAGGGACCUCGGUGGCUCAGAGGACUGCGCCAGGAGGCUGCUCCCAGGACUUGUCGGAGCACACUUGAGUGGCAAGCAGAAACGGGGACAGGUGUGAGGGACUUGGCCACAGUGGAGGGGACAGAUGGAUGUGGAACCGCAGGCUGCUCCUUUGGCACCUCCGUUGUUACUGUGAAUGUGAAUGUGGGCCAGUACCAAGAGAGUGUCUCUGAGUGACUGAACCAAGGCGCUGGCACCCGGCAACCAACAGCCAGGGCAGACCACUAGGUAUCACUGCAAGGACCCGCUUUUCCUUAGUUUGCACUUUAGUAAAUUGGGUAGAGAGGUUUCCUUUUGGAUUUGUUUCACAACUGUUCCAGAAAGAAGGCUUCCUUUCCUGAGACACUCCCAUAGGCCACAAUUUGGUGAUUGAUUUACAGCAAAAUAUCGGCUUAUUAGUUAUUUCCCUACCUGUGUGUCAAACAACAGAUGAUAAUGAACAUGCCACUAAGGUUUGAAGAGGCUGCCGCUGAACGUACAGUAUUUUAAUAUGUAUCUAGGUUGUCUCAUGCGACAGUUUCUAGGCCAACCCACAAAAUGAGAAAUUGAAAUUUGUGAGGCACAGCACACCACUCCAACUUAUUUUUUUUUUUAGUCAAGGUGACACAUUUAUUUAAGACUUUUUUUUCUAUUUGCAGUUAAAUCUCAUUUUUUCAAACAAGUCUGGAUUGGGGCAAAACAACUUACAUUCAGUUUUAGUUAGAUGCAUCCAGCUGCCCCGCAGUGAGGCCCAGCAGGCAGGUUGGCAGCUGGCACUGCAGACAGCGGUGCACUUUUCAUCCGAGAGGGCAUUGACUGGGGCGUGGGACCCUGGCCGCCAUCAUUGAAGCCAGAGGCUGCUGGGUAUGAAGUAGAAAUGUAAAGCUGAAUGCAGGAAGAGCAGCUUGAUGUAGUCCCUGCAGCUGCACGUGGCUAGAGGAAUAGGCUGAAUAGGCAAGUCAGAUUUCUUGCAUCACCAGUGCUUUGGGAAGCUGCCUGGAUGCUAAGGAAGAGGAGGGGGCUGAGAUAGAGCCGCAGGUGAGCCUGCCUACCUGCUAGUGCAGCAUCUCGUAUCCAUCAUCUCACUCACAGACUCCAUGCAAACUUUCAAUCACUCACAGCUAUUUAUUCGUUGAAGAAAUAACUUAUUUUUUCUCGCCCAGUCAUGUGUGCCGCUCUAUGCUACUGUGCAGUGCUCACCAGAAACAGAGUUAGAAUUCAAGUCAGCGUUGGAGAACACAGGACUCUGGCCAGUCAGAGAUCUGAGAGUUUGCCUUUGGGAAGGAAAUGCCACGCGUCUUAUUUAUGAUGCCUGUGACUUGGGUCCUGUGGAACCGUGUUCAUUCGCCUGCUUUUGGAACAGUGCAGUUUUGGAUGAAGUGAAGGGAAGACAGAGGUAAAAGGAUUGUCCUCACCCUGAAGCCGGGAGCUGUGGCACGUGCAUUUCUGGAAACGGUGCAGCCGUGGGGGACAAUUCUGCCCUGGGCAUGGCUGUUUCUUCAAGGUUCUCUAAUCUCUUCAAAACAUAUGUCAGUUCUCAUUCUUAUGCAAUUCUUGUCUCAUCGGUUUUAAAUAUGAACUUGUGUCCCAUGGUCUCCACAAGUCACCGUCACCCUGCUAUAGCAGGGGCACUGGUCAGGUGUGGUGCAUUUUAGUAGCUAAAUUACAUUCAUCUCAUGAGGUAAAUAUAAAAACAACUCUGUUUUUGUCAGCAGAUGCUAACUUAAAGUUUCAAAGCAUCACCUUUUUUAAAUCUUUGGUCUCACAUCUCUCUCUGUACAACCGACGGCCCCUUUGUGCCUCGCUGCCUUGCAUCUAAUGGAGAGCUCCAAGCUCCCACAUCCGCUCACCUGAGCCAGUGGACUGGGGUCCCUGGUGAGAUGGCCCUGCUUUGCGGCUCGGCCCUGCUCACCCCCGAGCCACAGCUGUGGGAAGAGCCAUGGAGGGAGGCUACCCCUGGCACACCCGUCCCUACCCUCAGCACACAUCGCAGCUGACGAGUCGUCUCCUCUGUCGGGCCCAGGGCUCUAAGCUCCACGAAAUGAGUGUUCUGUCUCAAAAGCAUUCUUGGGAAGGAUCCCAAAGUUCAGAAAAGAGUGUCUCAUAAGUUCCAAGAAUGCUUUCCUGUUCAUGAGUUGUGUCCAUAUGGAGUGGAUUAAGAGUGUUUUAUUUUGUUGCUGUCGUUGUUUUAACUGAGAAAAAGGGAGGCACCUGCAACGUCGGUUCACACAGUGACUGCUAUUUCCAGGAGGCCUAUGAGGGUGGGGAAAGCUGUAACGAGGCUUGAGAAAGGCAUGCCUGACCCAGUGCUCGCUGCCCGCCUUGGGCGAGGAAGGGAGAGGUUGGCUUCGCUCCCGCUCAGGGUUCCUGACGCCAGCAGGGUCCUGCCUGGGCCACGGGGAAACAGCUGGCAGCCCGUGGGCUGCAGAGCAGGACUGGACACCUGGACACACACCACAGGCAGUCUCUCCACUCGGACACAGUGUUCGUUGUCAGCCGGCACACCUGGAAUGGGUCGUUCAUGUGUGCAGAAGUGCCGUGGUCCAGCCGUGGGACCCUACAGCUGGGGGAAGGUGGGAGGAAGGGAAAGCCGUGUUGCCCACUAUCGAAGUGCCCAGGUGCCCUGUGACUCUGUUUAGCUUUGCCUGGAGAGGUAAAGCUGGACAGCCCACCUGCCCUUGGCUAAGUGUAACCUAAACACACUCCAAACUAGGGUUUCAAUCCAUAUUUCUAAAAUACACUGGCUUCAAGACUAGAGCACUUCUUUGCACAGAGGAAAAAUGCAAAGUUCAGUAGUUUGGUGUUUUAUAUUUUAUUUAAAAUUACCUUUAGUGUCAGCUGUUUUUUCUAUCUGAAAGCUUUUGUAGGUAUUAGGAAGGACAUUUCAUUUCCUUCUUGACAAAGUGUCAUUCUGAGGUUCUCACGAGUGUUUUUGGAAACAGAGAUAUGGUUUUAUAGUGUUUGCCUUUGGGUAUGUGUCCUUUUCUUCUUCUUCUUUUCUCAAAUUCCCAAGGAAGGGAACUGACUAAAAUAGUAGGAACAUUAAAGUAGUAAAUGCCAAUUAAUUUGUUGUACUAAAGUAUCUUCAAUAGUGUUAUACUCCAUCAUAUAUGGUGUAAACUGCUCACAGAAAGCCCAUGAAAACCAAAGGGAUCAUUUAGGUCUAAAAGAAGAUGGGAAAAAAAUAAAAAUAAAAGGAGAUCGGUCCCAGAUUGGCUUUGUCCCCUGGGCAUUUUCAAAGAGGACAUCUCAAGGAAUUUGCAUAAAAGAUUCUGGUUUUAUUUGAGAGGGGUUGUGGUAGACUUCAGUGUAGAGUUCUUGGCUAGGGUGGAUGGGAUAGGGCAGGGGUGGAUGGAGCCAGUUCUACCUGGGAAGCUAAUCCUAUUCACUCACCUUUCUGUAUUACCUUGGCCUGUUCCAAAAAGAAAAUGAUUGUUUCAUUGUGAGUUGCUCUAAGUUUUGUUAGUGUCUGUGUUGCUGGAUUUACAGUUAAAUGAAGCAUAUAGCUGGAAUAUGAACUUUUUGAGUUUUCACAUUGUCCUGGAUUUCUCUUUGUAAACCUCUAAACCUUAGCCCAUGGUGGAUUGUGUUAAAUCCAUUACGAGAAUGUUAUUUAAAGUUGUAUUAUAAUUGCAACCUCCACUAAUUAUUCAGUACUGUAGCAGCAAAGUAUUAUUUGUAAGAAUUUGGUUAUUUUUAUACUUAUAUCCACUAUAAGUCUGGCGUUCUAGUCAGUAAAAUGAUGCAAUAAAAUUAAUAUCAUUUUCA